UUCGGAGGAUCGGUCGCGAAUGGAUUAAUUAUUAGUUAUUGAAGAUAAUGACAGCGUUCGUCGAAGCGGUUUUUACUCCUCCUUUUUAGUCGUGUGAACAAACAGUUAGUAAUUGGGUUUAUUGUCAGAUCACGGGAAGUCGCUUCUUUUCAGACAGUUACAACGAUUGUACUUAUUUGCAAUUAUUCGCCAAGUGAAUGAAUCCGUAGAUGUAUAAUACUGAUAAGAAAGACUGAACCAAAUACCGAGAAAAAUGGAAAUAACAAACACUACCGGAAUACUACUCCAAACCAUGCUGUUAAUGGCUAACCAUCAAUGGAACAACAGUCUAUAUAAUGCAAUCCAUAACGUUAGCUCUAAUGUGAAUAUAACUUUAACUUCGGACAACACGCGUUGCUAUGGAGUUUACGGAUGCUUUCCACUGACCUAUCCCUGGGUUGACGAAAAGCGACCCUUGGCGUAUCAUCCACGGACGCCGGCACAAAUCGACGUGCGAUUUCCGGUAUUCAACAAGCCAGUGCGUGAACAUCCACGUUUCAUAGAUAUCAACGAUCCGGACGCAGUACGACAACUCGGUAUCAACCCGAAGGGUUGGAUCUAUUUUGUUACCCAUGGUUACAUUGAGUCCGGUGAUCGUCCUUGGAUUCAAUCUUUCGUAAAUACCUUUUUGGAAAAUGAUCCGGACGGAACGGCAACGGUUGUGGUUAUCGAUUGGCGCAAAGGCUCAGUACCCCCGUAUACUCAAUGCGUGGCGGAUAUUCGAUUGGUGGGUGCAAUCGCUGCUCACGCAAUACAUAUGCUCUACCAGGAACUGGGAAUGAAAAACUUAGAUAAAGUUCAUGUAUUGGGUCAUUCCUUGGGCGCGCACGUAUGUGGAUACGUUGGAUACUAUUUGCAGAAAGAUUUUGGUCUUAAGUUAGGCCGAAUCACCGGGAUGGAUCCUGCAGAACCGAUGUUUUCAGAUACAGAUCCGAUCGUACGAUUGGAUUCGUCGGACGCUAAUUUUGUUGACAUCGUCCAUACGGAUGCUACUCCGUGGGUGGAGCGUUGGCCUCGACCUGGUGGUCUGGGCAUGUACCAGGCAAUUGGUCAUGUUGAUUUUUACCCAAAUGGAGGCAGCAACCAGGUGGGAUGUAACGAUCCAAUGGAAAAGUUUAUCAGUAAACACGAAGACUCGUUUUUCUGGGGAUUUCAAGAGUUUUUCGGCUGCAAUCACUUGCGCUGCCAUCAACUGUAUACGGAUUCGAUCCCACAACGCUGUCCGUGGGUCGCGAUCGGGUGCGAAUCGUGGGAGAAGUUUCUUGCCGGUGAAUGUUUCGAAUGUGAUGUAGACGGACACUACUGCAUCGAUUUUGGACCGAAUGCAUCGAGAAGCUACCGUAGAUUGAUCGAGCAAGGUGUGAUGGUGGAACCACGACCAAUUCGAGCGUACAUGAUUACGGGUGACGAUUCACCAUAUUGUCGAACUCAUUACAAGGUGACACUGGUGCUUUCGGGUAGCGACGAAGCCCUGAUACAUGGUGGCGAGAUCGGUCUAAUGGCACUGGAAAUGUUCGGUCAGCUACGGGAACGCUCGGACCGCAUGGAAUUCUCAAAGGAUCCGAUUUAUUUCGAACCGAGUAAAAACUACUCGGCCGUGAUGGCCGGUAAGGACGUCGGUUUGCCAAAGAAAGCCUUCCUAAGCUGGGAGUACAAAACGAAUCCUUUGAACCCGUUGACCUGGCGGUUGCUGGCCGCACCAAGGGUGUAUGUUGAAUACAUGAUCGUGCAAACGCUUGAACACCGAUCGCGCCAAAAGUUGUGUCCUCGACUGCAUACACCGGUUCAUGCCGAUCGGGACAAUGAGUUCCGGUUGGACUACUGCGAAGAUUGGCGGGGCAAUUGAACUGAAAAUCUCUGUAGAUUGAAUUAUUCAUUAAAUUUU